AGAAGAUUGAUAACAUAUUGAAAAAUUGUGACUGUUAUAAAUUUGAAAAUAAUUAUUGUAUGAGCAUUCCGUUUUUAUUAAAUUUUUUUUUUUGUGCUCUUUUUUGGUUAUUUGGAAUGUUUAUUAAUAUAUCAAUAGCGACUCCAUUGUGGGUGAUUCCAAGUAUUAUAAGCAGUUGGGUUUUGACACAGUACGCAUUAUUACUAAAUAAUAUUUAUCUUCGGUUCAGAAGUAUUAAUGCAAUGAUUAUAAAACUUGGUAAUUUAAGUACAGAAUUCGAACUAAAAACAGUAUUUAAAUCAAAAACUCCACUUGGUAAACCAAUUACUAGAGAUAUUAUAAACAUUAAUUAUGUCUCAAUGAAGCUAUGUCAAGUAUGUGAAGAUGUUGAAAAUUUUUAUGCAAUUCCAACUUUAUUAACUAGUAUUUAUUUCAUUUUUUCAACUAUACUAAGUCUGUACUUGGAGAUUCCAUUGAUAAAUACAAGUCAUAUCGACCUGUGUGCUAUUUUGAUUCAAAUAUCCUGUAGCUCAUGGUUUUCAAUGGUCAUUAUAAAUUUUGUUACUCUCGUUAGUAAUACUGUUAAAACUACAAGAGAAUUCAAAAAACUGGGGUUCAACAUUCAUUUACUUCUAGAUCAAAAAGAAGUAGACUUAAAAACUGAAGCAGCGCUGAUUGAACUUUCACGUGACCUUUUGCAUAGAAAAAUUGAAUUUAGCAUUUAUGGAAUGAUUUCAUUGGACGGAUCUCUUUUACAAGUGAUCCUAGGGACUAUUAUCACUUAUCUUGUUAUUUUAAUACAAACUCACCCCCAAUAAUGAAAAUCAAAAUAUUCCUCCGAUAUAUUCGAAUUUUU